CUCAGCAUGAAAGCCGGCCUGGAGGCCACGCUGGCAGAGACACGAGGCCGCUACGCCCAGAAACUGGCAGGCUAUCAGAUGCAGGUCACAUGUCUGGAGGAGCAGCUGAUGCAGCUGAGGGCCGACCUGGAGUGGCAGGGACACAAAUACCAGACCCUUCUGGACAUCAAGACCAGACUGGAGAUGGAGAUYGCAGAGUACAGGAGGCUGCUGGACGGAGAGGCAAGUGACAAGUGACAAUACUUUUCAUAUCCUCAUAAACUGUCAUAAA